CCUCGCAUCUGUCCAAAGGUUGUCAUAAGCAAAGAGGCCCGUGCUCUACUCACAGCCAACCGACGUGCCAAGUCUCGUCAGUUCAAAAUCACCCUUGAUGAGGCUUGGGGCCAGAUCGACGAGGCCACGAAGACUAUCGCUUCAGCUCACCAUAAAAGCAUUCGCCGUGUGCAGAAUGAACUGUACAUUGGCCAAGGGAUCCUGCGUUCUAAGCGCUCCAAGCUGAACGCAUGGAAUGCAUUCUGCUGGAAAAAAAACCAGGCCAGCGAAAAUCGCAACCAAGGCAAAGGCGCACUUCAACAGCUUGUUCAUGAGCAUAAGGACGAGUACCACAACCUUUCAAAGGACGAGCGGGCAGAUCUACUUAAAGAGUAUGCCGACUGGUCAUUAACAAAGGCUACUGGUGUGCGCACCUCCACCAAAUCGAAGGUCAACGAUAUCACUCAAACACUCAAGGCAAGGCUGUCGAAAUUGAGGUUUGCUCUGCAAUGUCGUACAGGCGCAGAAAGCAUAUUCUAUACCACGCGCGGUGACAGCGGGUCGACUGAUCUUCCCCUUCAAAGCAUAGCCUUUGCGACUGAAGGCGUUCAGGACUUCAUGCCAUCUGUGAUGGGCGUCAACAAUCAAGAUCUACUUGGUAAGAUGGAAGGCUUUGCGGUUCAAGGUGUGAAAGGUGCUGCACAAAAUCACCAAGAGCAUGUGUCUCAAGCACAGGCAGCCAUCCGCAAUAUUAUCAACAGUACUCUUCGUCAGAUCACUGGCAACCCUGACGCCAACAUGCAAUGGGCACUUUAUUUCCGGAACGUUGUCCAAUGCUACCAAGUCAUGAUAGAGGGGUGGCCUGACAAUAUUCCGUUCGCCAACCUUAGCCAAGUGUCUAGCGCCCUCCCAGAGCUCGACAGGCUCUUCCGGAGGUGGAAGUCGGGUGUGACGCACUGGAAGACUUUAACGGACGAGGAAUUCGAGAAAGUUCUCCAGGAGCACAAUGAUAAACUCGACCAUGGCGAGAUCCACGACCAUAGACGACGGACUCGAUCUGACAAGGGUAAGAAACGAAAGAAGCCCACAGCCAUGGAUUCUAGCUUGCACGGCCGCAAGAAGUAUAAGAGUGCAGCUACUGUCGAAGACAGUGAUAAGGAG